AUUGACAAAUAACCUAACCUUAUCUGUCAUAAUUGUCAAUAAUUUUAUUCCUGAAUAUUAUCAAAUUAUAAAUAAAUUCGUAAUUUUAGCGCUAAAUAGACCAAAAACAAAUAAUUAAAUUAAUCAACUAAGAAAAAUGGCACCAGACUACAAUUAUUUAAUAACAAAAACUGUGUUACAUCCCGGAUCAAAACAAGCAACAUUUAAAGACGGAACGAAAUGUUUCUUUCAUUUCAAAACAUGCAAAAAUGAUCCUGAAAAGACAGUCCUCGAUGACUCUAGGAAAAUGGGUAAAAGAAAUCCAUUAGAAUUAAUCAUUGGAAAGAAAUUUAAAUUGGAAGUUUGGGAAGUAAUCUUACAAAAAAUGGCAAUAAGAGAAGUGGCGGAAUUUUUAGUCGACAAAUCUCUAGUAUUACAAUAUCCAUUUAUAUCAAAAACAUUAAGAGAUAUAGAUCGUCCCCCAGAACAACGUAAAUCUCACUUUUGUUCAAUGACUAUCCAAACAGAAGGUGUCGGCUAUGACGAUUUAAACGAAUUAAUAAAAAAACCGCAAGAUUUAAUUUUUACAAUCGAUUUAGUUGAUGUCCAACAACCAGACUCUUAUAAUAAAGAAAUUUGGCAAAUGUCAGAAGAUGAAAGAAUCAAACUUGUCCCUGAAUUAAAAGAAAAGGGUAAUGAUGCUUAUAAGAAAAAGAAUUUUGGAAUUGCAGCCGAAAUGUAUUCGCAAGCUAUAGGAAUUUUAGAACAAUUUAUGUUAAAAGAAAAACCUUACGAUACAGAAUGGAAUGAGUUAAAUUUACAAAAAAAUAUUAUUUUACUAAAUUUCGCGCAAUGUAAAUUAAUACAAGAAGAUUUUUAUGCUGUCAUUGAACAUUGUACAACCGUAUUAAAAACUGAUCCAAACAAUGUUAAAGCUUUAUUUCGACGAGGAAAGGCACAUAUUGGCGCUUGGAACCCAAAAGAUGCUCAGGAUGAUUUAAAUAAAGUUUUAGAAUUGGACCAAUCCUUAUCAAAUGCUGUGAAAAAAGAAUUGCAAUGUUUAGAGGAUAUGAUUAAAGUUAAAAAUAUACAGGAUAUGAAUAAAUUAAAGAAUUUGUUUAUAUAAU